ACCGGGACACCGACGCUUCGGCUGUGGGAUUCGGCCCACUUGACUUUGGCUCCUAAAGCAUCUCUCAUCCAAACGUGUGCUUUUCGCGCGAUUUCGUCAGAGCGGCUCUUUAUUUUGAAAAGCAACGGCCCCGCUUCCGCGUUGUCUCUCUUUCUUUCUUAUUUCGGUCCCCCUCCCCCCACCUCUGACGGCGACGUGACGCUGACCGACGUUUCGAAGUCGGGCGUUGUGCCGGGCCGCAUCCCGUCGCUGCUGAAAUAUUCCCCGGAGAUUCCUUUUAUUAUUGAUCCAUCUCGAUUGGAAGCUUUUUUUUUUGUUUUGUGCUUGUUGUCCUGAACUGAUCUAUGGUGCCAAAAUGGGUUGCGCUGGAUUCACCUGCUCCAAACACUCCCUGUGCGCGCUCAACAUCCUCUACGUCAUGGUGAGCCUGCUGAUGAUCGCCAUGGCGGCCUGGGGCAAGUGGUUGGGCCUGGUCUCCAGUUUCCAGGUGGUGGGCGGAGUCACGGGAGUGGGCGUCUUCCUCUUCUUUGUCGCUCUGGCCGGCCUCCUGGGCGCCGUGAAGCACCACCAGGUCCUCCUCUUCUUCUACAUGAUCAUCCUGUUCAUGGUGUUUAUUGUGCAGUUGGCCCUUUCCAGCGCCUGUCUGGCCAUCAACAAAGAGCAGCAGGAUCAUCUGCUGGAGGUGGGCUGGAACAACUCCCACGGCGCCCAGAGGGACGUGGAAAAGAGCCUCAACUGCUGCGGCUUCCGUCACGUCGACCUCAACGCCACCUGUCAUGCCGCCUGUUUCCCCAAGCGCUCCUGUUUGCCGUGCGCCGAUAAGAUCCAGGCACACGCGGAUGAAGUCCUGCGUCUCGUAGGAGGGACCGGCCUCUUUUUCAGUUUGACCGAGAUUGUGGGCGUGUGGCUCACGUACCGCUUCAGGAACCAGAAGGACCCCCGAGCCAACCCCAGCGCCUUCCUGUGAUACGGACGCCGGCUGCGCUCUGGACCGCCCCUUCCUCCCUUUGGGCUUUGCCACUUCAAUGUCUGUGUGUGUGUGUGUGUGUGUGUGUGUGUGUGUGU